AUGGCGAUGAACAAAAAGUGUAGCUCAGGUCGUCAAAAGAUUCCGAUUGAGAAGAUACCAAAGAAAAGCAAUUUACAGGUCACAUUCUCGAAGCGUCGUUCAGGACUGUUCAAGAAAGCCAGUGAGCUUUGUACGCUUUGCGGGGUUGAAAUCGCCAUUAUAGUAUUCUCACCAGCUAACAAAGCUUUCUCUUUUGGCCACCCAGGAGUUGAAUCCAUAAUCGAUCGCUAUCUAGUUUCUCGAAAAUCAUCGCACCAUGCAGAUCAUGGCUACUCAUCAUCAUCGUCAUCAAUCAUCAGCAGUAGUGACGUUCAUCGGAAUUCUAACGUUUGUAAUCUUAAUAUGCAGUUGACGCAGAUUCUUAACCAGGUCGAUAUGGAGAAGAAGCGAGGAGAAGAACUUGAUCGAGCGAGGAAAGUGAGGCAGAGAGAGUUCUGGUGGGAGAGUCCUAUCGAUGAGCUUGAUUCAGUUGAUCAGUUACAGCAAUUGAGGAUUGCAAUGGAGGACCUCAAGAAGGAUGUGUUAAGGCAAAACAGAACUUUUUCUACUUCUUGUUCAUCGUCGUCACAGAUCAUUGUCGGGGAAGAUUACGGGUUAUUCGAACGUUACGAUGAUGUCGUCUUUGACAAGAAGUUAUUAUUAGGUGGUGCUGAGAUUAAUGUUGCUGCUAAUUCGUCCGGUGUUAUUCCUGAUCAUGAUGCCUUUAAUAACCUUAUUUACCAAAACCACGACAUGGGGAUCUUUAAGUUCACUUCACAGUUCUGA